CACGGACUAAAACACACGAUGUCUGGUAUCUUCACCAUGAUAUUAGAUAUAUUCCAAUAUUUUAACAUAGAAUAUAUAACUGUAUUGUUUAAAGAUAAUGUUGGUGUAAGAACUGGUCUAGUAUUUGUGACUUGUCUGGGAAUAUGGUUGCUGAUGAGAAAACCCCAGGGGAUUCCACCAGGACCCAGAUUUACCCUGCCUAUAUUAGGGGACAUGUAUUUGAAAGGAGAAAGUGAUUUGAGGAUAGUUGCCAGGCAACUAAGAAAAGAGUACGGAGAUAUAUGCAGUGCUUAUUUUGGAUCGAAGUUGUUUAUUUUUCUCAAUAGUUAUGACGUGAUAAAAGAAGCCUUGGUUAAAAAUGGAGAUAUAUUUUCACAUCGACCAUCCUUGUUUUGGUCAGAUCUUAUUACACAGAGAAAAGGAAUAGUGAUGUCAGAGGGCCAGCCGUGGAAAGAACAACGAAAGUUUGCUCUGGAAACUUUGAGAGAGUUUGGUUUUGGCUUGAAGAAAGUUAUCGGAAACGAAAAUGGCGGAAAAUUCGACAUGUUCCGUUUAAGUCAAAAGGGUGUUUCCAAUAUUAUAUCGUCUAUGGUUUAUGGUAAACGAUUCGAGUAUGAUGAUCCGGUAUUUAAUAUUUUUCUGGAUAAAACUGAAAGCUUGCUUCUAACAAUAACACAUGGGUCUGUUUUGAGUAUGUUUCCCUUUCUGCGAUAUUUACCGGGUGAUUUGUUCAAAUAUCACAGUGUUUUGAACAGUCUGGAUUUCAUUAAAGACAACAUCAUCAUUCCAUCAAUCAACGAACACAUGAAGAAUUUUGAUGAAAAUCACGUGGAUGAUUACAUCAGUAGUUAUAUCAGAGAAAUGAAGAAAGUGUCUAAAACUGGACAGCCAUCUUAUCUAAACGAGCCCCAACUGGUGUCCGCUAUACUGGACCUGUUUAUUGCUGGCACGGAAACGACAUCAACAACCAUUUUGUGGACGAUUCUUUAUUUUCUACAUCAUCCAAACAUACAAGAUAAAUGUUACAAGGAGAUUCAAGAUGUCGUUGGUUCCGGUCGUCUACCGUCAAUAAAAGAUAAACCGUCCUUGCCGUAUGUUGAAGCCGUCAUAUUGGAAGUUCUCCGUAAAGCAAACAUUUUAAUGACCGGAAUCCCGCAUGCUGUCAGUGAAGACACGAGGUUCCAUGGAUACCAUUUUCCAAAAGACGCCAUCAUCAUACCUAACGCCGAUGCUGUUUUAACCGAUGACAAGAUUUGGGGCGAUGCUGAUGUAUUUAGACCGGAAAGAUUCAUCGAUUCUAAUGGAAAGGUCAUAAAAAAAGAUGAAUUGAUUCCCUUUUCGACAGGUAGAAGAAUAUGUCUGGGAGAAUCAUUGGCUAAAAUGGAAUUAUUUUUAUUUGUGACAACCUUGGUACAAAGAUUUGAAUUUAAACCGGUCGAUGCUGAUAAUUUACCAACAUUACAAGGUGUUAUUGGAAUAACUCAUGCCCCUGCUAGAUACCAGGUUCGAGCCGUACCCAGAUAAAAACACAGUUCCCUCCCCUAUUUCAUUAACAACGAACUGUUACUUCGCAUAAAGUUGUUUUUAGUGAACUUAAUGGUCUCAAAUCUAAAGACGUAUUACUGCUUUUUGUGAAAUUGAGCUUUAAGGAAUGUGUGUGCUUACCGAUAAUUUAGUCCGAUAAUUUUUUUUUGUAUAAACAUAUUUUAUUCAAACAACAUGAAUAGGAUUGGGUAACAGGCAGAGCCUAUGUGAAAACCCUCUCCCUGUAUACAGUAUAAUUUACAAUAAUAAAGUAUUUACACAUAUACAAGGUAUUUACAAGGUGCUUACCGAUAAUUUAGUCCGAUUGUACCCAAUUAUUUCUAGUUCAGUUUAAGUCCGAGAAUCCGGAGGUUUUUGUUUAUGAAAAUUGUGCAUAGAUGAAGUCCGGAUUCUCAAACUAGGUGGGGUAAGAAGAAAUUUAAUGAAAGAGCGUUACUGAAUGAGGUAAUAGAGCCUGUUUCCUAUUCUAUGUUAGAAAGAAGUUAAAUAAAAUCUGUACUGUUCAAAUGUUGUCACGGUAUUAAGAUAGAAGUACAUUUUUCUUUUUUUUAAAAGUGUCUUCCAAGUUUCUGAUCGGUGAUAUUAAAAUACGCCCUCAUAAGUAAACGUAGGAGUGUAAUCGAUAUAUUCACUUGGGGACAAGUUGACUCAGAUUAAAGCACAGAUCAUAUUUCCUUCAAACUUUUGUUUUACUUUUGUUUUACUACAAAGGAUCUGUAUGAGUUGUUGAAUAUCUCACGUUCUGUCUGAUGUGAAGGAUUGGCCAAUCAAAUAGUCAGAUAGGUAGACAUAUAUAGAACAAAACAAAGUAAAAGUCUUAUUUCUGAACAGGUAAUUGUCCUAUAUUAUAGUCAGUUGCAUCUAGUUCUUAUCACGUGACGCGAUAUGAGUAGACAUAUUGUCAGUUGCAUCCAGUUCUUAUCACGUGACGCGAUAUGGGUAGACAUAUAGAAACAAAACAAACCCAAGGUUGUAUAUCCGAAUAGCUAAUUCAAACACAAGAGUCGAUUGGUUAUUUGAGUGACUGUCGUCAUAGGAUCAAAAGUCACUCCCAUGACACUUGACGAACAACCUCCAUGAUCGCCAUGUGGUCGAAGCCAUCCAAAGUACAAAAAACGAAACGAAAUAUAGAUUUGUAUUUUAAUCAGAUUGGGGCAAGGUUAUAUAUUAAACACUGGGACAUUUCUACAUGAGAAAAUAAAAUAAAUUUUAUGGACAGAAAUUGAUUAGUAAGUUCAUUGAUAAAUCGUGAAAACUGAACUAGUACGGUUUCAUUCACUAUGUCCUUCCUGUCCUGUUCGACUGACAGGAGGAAUCAUAAACAGCCUGGCUAGCUAACAUAUAAUAUCCCAACUCGAUUUGUUGUUUUGAAAUGAUGUAUUUUAAUACAGUUUGACUGUUUAGUUUAAUUUUGUAUCAGUCAUUAAAAAAAGUCAUUAAAACCGCGUAGAUUGGACUAAGCAGGAGCAAACGACUGUCGUUAAAUUUGAACUGUCGGGAGAUUGAUCCCUGCAUUGGCCGAGAAAGUUCGUCCAGAUUUUCCGGCGUGGUUUCCGCUUGUCAGUGAUGCAGGAUGGAGGACCUGGCAAGGACAGCUAUCUAGUCGUUCCGAUGGGACGAAAAAGCGAGGUCCCAUGUACACAACGUCGUGUACACAUCAGAUCCAUUGGCAGUAGCACCGCUGCCCGGACAAAAUUGCUCUCAUAGCACACUGUAUGGCGUAUGCCCGUCUUCAUUAGCCUAUUUCGGAUCAGAACAGGAGGACGUUAAACCCUAUUUCAUUUCAUUUAACGUACGAAAGAAUAGAGUUGCUGAAAAUACGUAUUUGAGAGAAUGUUUUGGAGAAUAAAACUGCUUAAUUUUGUGUUUAGGACG